AUGCCUGAUUUGAACACUUGCCAACAUUUGAUAACAGAAUUUUACUUUAAAAACAAAUUGUCCACUCAAAGUAUACCUGGCUUCAUUGAUUUUUGGGGCAUUUUUAUUUUAAGUUGUCCUCUUGAAAAACCUGGUUUUGAAAGUAAUCAUAGCUCUAUUCUAUGCAAUCACGUUGGGAAGAAAAAAAACAACACUGAAACAUCUUUGAGGCGAAUUACAUCCAUUUGUAGUGUUGGUUCAUCUUUUCAGACAUUUGACACAUACAUCAUAGUUAGUGUUGGGGGCAUGAGAAUUCAUAUACUCCUAGACCAUUUGUUUGUUGGCCCUUCUGUAGUCCAUACGCAUGAGAAGCAGAUCACAUGUUAA